CUUUUUCGUUCCGCGUUUUACCAAGGCCUGCUUGAAAAUUGCUCGCUGUCACGGAGAAUUGCUGACCCCUAUACGCUUGGUGUAAUUCUAAAUCAAUUUGAGAACUGUCAACGUUAAAUACUGAAUAUUGGACAUUAACAAGACAUGUGAGGUGACAGAGAGAAGGACAAAAUUAAACACUUUGUUGAUCGGUCUGACGAUACUUGGUAGUCGAGGAGAUGUAACGUUAUCAGAUUAGCCAUAUAUACUCACGACUGAAACAGCACUCACAGUACUCAAACUACCAUGUUCUCGGACUGCUUGAUAUCGAUUAUGGUCGAUGGAUAAAGAGUAACCAUGUCUUCUAAAAGUUUGACAUCUCAUCAGCACAACUUUACCCGUCUGGCGAUAAUCUGUGUGGAUUUGAUAAAAUUGGUGUUGAAAGACAUUCUGAAAAGUCAGAUCAAACCCAAAGACCUGUACAAUGCCAUAUCAUACUGUUCUGAGUUGACGAGUGGACGUCAAAAACUGAGACCGGAUCAACAACGACUUUGUUAUGUAGCAGCACCAGAUGUUCCAGACUACAGCAAGUUUGAUGUAUCAUUGUUAUAUACUCUGAUACGUAAUUUAUGUCCAAAUCUAAAGCCAACACUGGGAUGGGGAAAGGCACCCUCCCACACGGCGAUACAAAUCGGUGACGACAUUGAGCGGCUUAGAGAUUUCAGAAACAAUGUUUAUGGACAUUGCGAGUCCUCGAAUGUCACUGAUAUGGAGUCCGAAUCUCGAUGGAACGAUAUAGAAACUGUUAUAAAGAGAACACAGACAUGGAUCCUGCAACAAGGUUUUUCGGUAAACUAUGAGAAAGACCUAGCAAAGAUCAAGGACUUAGAGUUAGGUUCGGAGGACAUGGAGAAGUACAGACAACUACUAGAAGGAAUGAUGUAUCUUUUAAAGAACUCAGAAAAUGAAGGAGUCCCUAAAAUAUCAAUACAUGGUGAAAAUAAUGUUACCAGCUGGGGAGUAGCAUGUUUUAAAGUUGAUGUAGAAAGUUCAUCAACGACCAUUCCUUGGUCUGUCAUGUGGCAGAGAUUGAGAGGGAACAUCACAGAACAAAUAGACAUCAGUGCAGAUAAAUACAAAGACAGCAAUGAUAGACAGCUGGUGAUACAUAAGGUGUCCAAGAAAGACGAGGGGGAUUACCAAGCCGUUCUUUGCCGCCAAAAUCUAAAAGUUACUAGCAAUUCCAUCUUCCUGGUCGCUACAGGGGAUUCGCCAGUCCUCCAGCCAGUGAAAGUCAGCACAGGAUUGGAGGGAAUAACACUACAUUACGAGUACGAAGUCACAGGUUCCUCUCCAAAUGUUCAUCAUAUCGCCUGGACGAAAAACGGAGAAGUUGUGGUUACUGAUCACUCAAAAUAUAUCGGCGGGGGUAUAGAUGACAGGUAUCUAACCAUUGCAUCACCUACAACAGACGACGCCGGGAAGUAUACCUGUAUCAUUGCCAAUGCCGUGGGUGCUGUAUCGGAGUCUCUGACGUUAGAUAUACCCAGUGCAGCAGUAUCCACUGAAGUGCCAGUUUACGUUGGUAGUGAGACCAAGAUCGACUCAAUGAUAGCAGCUUGUCCACCUCCGGAAGGAGUUUCAUGGCAGAAGAGUUCUGAUUCUGUAACGUUUGAAACCAUAAAUAUAACUAACCCGAAAUAUUAUGGAAGCAAGAUGGAUCCGAGCAAUCCAGUUCUGGUCAUUACCAAAGCAAUAUUUGAUGACAAAUUGUAUUACCGACUUCUUGUUUGGAACAAAAUAGGACAAUGCAUCAGUAACACAGCAUACCUCAAUGUGACAGGAGGUCCUCCAAAUAUCUCUAACAGCCAGGAAACUAACAUUCAGAAUCGUUCAGUGACAUUGGUUUGCGAAAUAUUCCUGUAUAAACAUUCCCCUCCCAUGGUGGAAGUCUUUUGGAUGAAAAAUAAUAACGUCUUAGAUAUCGUAGGAAGUGGAGGGAAGCUAGCAGGAGGUAGCAUUGGUGAUCCGUCUCUGGUCAUCAACAAUGUCAACGAAUUUGAUGCAGGAUCGUAUCAGUGUAAAGCCUCCAACGCUGUAGGAUCCACUCUUGGCAACGUCAUUGUAUUAGGUGUUCCUGACAUUGACAUUAAAGAAUACAGAGAAAACGAUGCACAAGUUUUCACUGCUGUUCUGAAGUCUACUCCUGCGCCAAUGCAAGUUCAGUGGAGCGUGAAAAAUGAGGACACCGGUGACUGGACACCAGUAGAUGUCAACAGUGAGGAGUACAGAGGGACUACAGACUCCCUCCCGCAACCCGUGUUGAUCGUCAAGAGAACAGAUCCGAUAAAAGUCCACAACUUUCAGAUAGAAGUGAAGAACUUUAUUGGAACGAAAACAAAACAAAUACCAGAUAGCCCUAAUCCUCAUCAAAGGAAUGAUAAUAUGGAGAGUUCUAAAGAUAACAUCUUCAAAGCCAUCAUGAAUAAGAAAGGAUCUACGAUUAGAUUUAACAACUUGCGUCUUGAUCUUCUGAAAGGAAUUCCUGUGUCGAAGUUAGACGCAUUGAAAAGUUCUUUAGAAGUGAUGACACCGAUGGAAAUAUCGCUUAACAACGUGACAUCGAUACCAGAAUUUAUUGGUUUUCUUCUUGAGAAGGGCAUUUUCAAAGAACGAAAUGUAAUCAUGAUGCAGUAUCUAUUGAGAAGCAUUGACCGCCAAGAUCUAGAACUGAAGUGUGCUGAAUACGCGAGAAAGAAUAGACAAGCUUUGUGUUACUAUGAAGAAGCAACAUCAAAAGAGGACGGAUUUGUACAAGUUAAAGUGCACGUCGUGGAUGACAUAGAAGAAUUUGCUGAUUUGGACUCACUUCUAGAAACACUAGCCGCCAUUUUGAGAUGCGAAUCAAGUUCUAUAAAAGUCGAUGCUGUGCAACAAACUAAAAGUUUUAUCAUCGUAUUACUGGUGAAUGCAGAGUUUGCAAGCUUACUUCUACAGAAAGAUCCAGAAGAACUUGCGGGGCUAUCGACAUUUAACGUGGACUGGAUUGAAAUCGAGAAGAAGCUUGUUACAAUUCCACAAAAAUCAAAGGCUUUGAACAUUGGAACCCUCACACCGUAUACUUCCCAGAUGUCCAACGUGCUAUCGGGUCCAUGUACAAGUCUUUUCCGAAAGAUACUUAGGAAAUAUGUUCCAGAGAUGGAUUUCGUGGAAAAAUUGGACGGGUACAAAACAACACUGUUACCUUUACUUGACGAUGCACAGCAAAGAUUACUGUAUCCAGAGAGAGGACCAGUUUCUGUUAGUUACAGACGUUUAGAUCUGCAUCUGUUGUACAUUUUACUAAGGAAUAUAUGUGACAUCGCAGCCCACGAACAUGGUUGGGGUAAUUCACCAAAUCCCACAGACAUGUCUCUGGCCGCCAACAUCGACAGAAUCAUGGAUAUUAGCAGAGCCUACUGUGAUGAUGCACCUCAUGUGAUUCUCACACAAUCCGAUUUUGAUCGAGUGAUGAAAAAAGUCAUACAAAUGUCAGGAAAGAUAGAAGAAAUUCUCGAGGGUUCAUCAAAGGAUGUUGGUACACACGAUCAGGGCACUGCAACCAAAUACAUUCAGGGUAACAAAGAAAAGGAAAAUUUGACAGAUCAGCUUAUGCAGCUCGAUAAAGAAGAACAUGUUUUAGGAGCUCUAAGAGAUGUGUCCCUUUCCCAGAAGGUUGUUUUCUCCGCCUCACAGAUAUCCAGUAUAACCGUACCUGAUGUUGGUGGAGUUCGUCAUAUCUCGGUUGUGACGUCUGACAGACUGUGGGUGAGUGAUUAUGAAGGACGUCUCCUACAGGUGGACUCCUCCGGACGCGUACUACACGACAAACUGAGAGUUGGAUACUUCCCAAUAACAGGGAGUCACACCGUCACAGAGGACGGGGACCUCCUGUUUAUAGACGGCGAUGAAGUCCGUAAGUUAACAUCAGACGGGACCGUCACCACACUCCUCACAACAGACUGGGAAGCAUACUGUAUCCACUCCUCCCGUAUUAACGGCGACAUACUGGUGGGGAGUUAUGGGAAAUUGACGAGGUACGACAGGACAGGACGGGAACUCCAGGUCAUUGAGAAGGACGAUAAAGGACAGGGAUUGUAUAUAUUACCAAUGUACAUCACGGAGAACAAGAACGGAGACAUCUGGAUUUCUGGCAUGGAUAAGAGAGCAGUAGUAGUGGUGGAUAAAUCAGGACAUCAUCGGUUUGACUACACAGGUCAUCAGUCUGACUUUUAUCCCUGUGGUAUCUGUACGGACGUCCUCGGACACGUACUGGUCUGUGAUAUUUCUAAUGACAGUGUCCACCUCUUGGAUCAGGACGGUCAGUUCCUGUCUCUACUGCUGACACGAGAACAACACGGAAUACAUGGUCCCAUGGCUCUGUGUGUGGACGACCAACACAACCUCUAUCUGGGACAGUACGACAGUAACACAAUAAAGGUGUACAAGUAUCUACAGGAUACGGACGUCAAAUAAAACUGAACAAAGAAAACAUUACCUAGGUACGAUACUAUCAAAGAAAUAAUAAAGCAGCUCCGAUUUACAGCAGGACUAGGAGAAUAUUAUAUUUUGAUUACAUGUUUAUAUCUAGGAAUAGUUAACUUUUGAUUGAUUGAUUGAUUGAUUAUAUGUAGGAAUAUUUUUGAUUGAAUAUAUAUAUAUAGGAAUAUGUAGGAAUAGUUUUGAUUGAAUAUUUAUAUGUAGGAAUAGUUUUAAUUGAAUAUUUAUAUGUAGGAAUAUUUUUGAUUGAUUGCUUAUAUAUAGGAUUAGUUUUUAUCGAUUGCUUAUACGUAGGAACAGGGG